AUGUAUAAAACACCUUUCUCCGAGAGAGUCAACUAUCCCCCACCACGGGGCACCCUUAUCUGUUGCACUCUGGUUGACCAAUUCCCUACGGUGGUGGUAGGUCCGCCUGACCGAUGGUCAAUUGGCAGAUUGACCUGUUCUUACUAUCCUCGUAAACUUUCAUUCAUACAUUCGCACGUGCCGUACGAAUCGACCGUCCAUGCUACCGGUGUCGUUGGAACCGGUUACCUAGGGCUUCCUGCGGAAAUGGCCAAUAUACUCCUCCGACCUCCAACUCACUCAGUCACUCGCUCACUCGGAUCGCUCCUGUUUGGUGUACCCCGUACCCAUAUGAUCACCCUGUCGCUCGACACGUACUCGUUACGGGUCAUCAUCGUGAUCUAUGCGCCUACAACAAACGUUACAUCCUUAAUCUGUCCUAGCCGGCUAAUUCUACGCUCGUGCUGA